AUCUAGCAAGAACUUCAAUUCUGAAGACCCCCUCCCCCAGGGUAUUUAGCGCCCGCCUAAGGCCCCCAGAUGUGCCUCCAAUUGCAUCUGCAUCCAACAGUGUUGGUGGACCCACCACCCAUAUGGUCGCAGUUGCCGCAAGGGUCUUUGGUUCGUCGUCACAAUUCCCUUACUUUUUUGCAAGUACCCGAGUCGAGAGCAGAAGAAUUUUUUUUAAUAAUAUUUUCUUCCUUCCCUUCGAAAUUCUCUUUCAUUCCUUACUAGUACUCUGUAUACGAGGUUCACAUUGAUUUCGUGCCUCGUUCCCCUUUCGUUAUUUUGUCAAAUAUGGCCUCAACCCCCGAACCCGUCACCAUAGACCGCACUUACUUCGAGACCCUUGUGCGUAGGGCCAAUUUUAAUAAUGGCGAUUACGAAGCUUUCGUCGACGCUUUGGCAGAGCAGAAUCUGAUGGUUGUGCAAAAUACGGAAUACGAGCAACUCAUGUUCAUUGCACACCAAUUCGCAACUCUCCGAUCCAACCUGAUUGCGGGCGGUAUUGAUGAAAACACUAUUUCACUCUUGAGCCAGGAGGAAGCAAAACUGCGAAAUCAGGAAGUGACCAGUCAGUCGACCGAUUUGCUUACCUACCAACAUGAUGACCACACUGGACAAGUCUCUGGCGGGAUUCAGAAAACCAAGACUGACUGGAACCCAGAGGCUUGCUUCAGUCCUGCCAAGGGUGCUCAACAGCAUGAGUACCAGUACUAUAGAGGUUGUGAUGGGAAGCCCUAUGACAACCCUCCAGUGUGGGAUGGUGUGAAAGGGGACGAAUGUUCUGCUGAGUAUUCUCCUGACGUUCAAACUACGGAAAUACAACAGGAUAGCGCUUUCAACAAUUUUGGUCACACUCAGCCUUUCGAUCAACCCCGCUAUCCUCGCAUGUGUAAGCGAACGAUCGUACUCGCCGGAAUUGCAGACAACACUUCGCACGAGGAUAUCACCAAGGUCGUCCGAGGUGGGUUACUGUUGGAGGUAUAUAUCAGAACGGCGGAACAUUCAGCCCACGUCUCGUUCCUGCGUGGAGAAGACGCCGUGCGCUUCUAUGAUCACUCACGAAAGAAUGACUUGUACAUCAACCAUAAGCGUGUUUUCAUCAAGUGGGCGGAUCGACACUUUCACCUUGCAGGCCACGUUGCCGGGAAAAUCGUCCGCGGAGCCACACGAAAUAUGAUUAUUCGACGAUGUGAUCCCAACAAUACCGAGGACAGCAUUCGCGAUGAUCUUGAACACAUCCACAAUCUGGUAGUGGUCAAGGUCGAGUUUUCUGGUGGUAGCUGCUACAUCAAGACCAAUUCUGUGCACAACGCGAUAUUCGCGCGCACAUGUAUGAUGAGCCAAAUCAAAUACAAGGGCUCCAAGAUCGAGUGGGAUACGGAUGAAUGCGAGCAGCCCCUUGAGACAGUUCCGCGACAAUCACAUCCUAAGCCCCAGCAAGAGCUCCCCAAGAAGCCGAUCGUUAAGACACGCAACCGCUUCGCCACAUUACGACUAGAUGAUGACGAUAACGCCGAGACAGACGAUAUAUUCGACAGCUCGGCCGAGUUUGACAUGCCCAGCACUGUUGAUGUCACCGCAUAGUGACGGCUCUCCGAGGACAGCAACCUGGAUAUCCAUCUAUGCAUACGCUCCGACAAAGACCUGGCUGCGCCUAGUUUUGUGUUAAUCUGCAUAGUAUCGGUCAUAAAUUUUCAGGCUCUGAUUUUGACCGGUCCCUCCAGUGGCGAGCAAGGUGUUGCUGGUGGAGAGAAUCGGGUUCACCUGAAUGAUGGACCUUGGAUGAUCAACGGUGAACCUCACACGAUAUACGAGAGACUGCAGUGGCGCGAGGGAGCCGACUACAUAGAUAUCCAGGGCUACCGGGACAGAAGUUGCAUGUGUGGUUGUUUCACUUUGAGGUUCCUGUUUCUAAACAUGUUUAUAGAAAUAAAAGUGUUGAUACACAGCAAUUUCUGUUGAAUGUAUUUCCAAGACUGCGUAGCAAGAUUGAGUACCUAGUCUUUACUUGUUAUGUUGUUUUGGUUUCUAGCACUGCCU